AUGUUGUUUGUAACUCUCAGAGGAACAUUUCCAGAGGAUAUCCGGUAAGACUAUAGACUCUUUAUAAUUUACGUAGAAAUCGAGUAGACUCAGCAGAUGCCGAGAAAGAUUUUCGUUAAAGUACAGUGAGAAUUUCCGACUGCCGGGCAUCCAGUAUUUUGAAAACCGUACCCUUGAGUCAAGAUUCGAAAGAAUUAUGCCUAUACAAGCUCGGAGAAUUUGUCCACAACAAUGCGGAACCUUUAUUUAGAAUCCCUUGGCAUUUCUAAACAAUCACUAAAUACUCUGUUGAGGUUUCGUGGAUUUCUGUGGAUGUUUAUCGGGAGUUCGCUCAGUGUGUGAGAACUUGAAUAUUUGCUAAUUGUUGAAAACAUUGAGAUUUCACUCUAUGCCCAGGCCAAGCUCGACAGUCGCUUCUACUUUUAACCUAAGGCAAUAUUUACAAUCGUUUGAGACUCCUAAACAAAUAUGUUAUGUUCUUAGAGGAAUUAAACGAGCUAUUCCAAGAAAAUUGGUCAAAAUUUUUCACUCCCGGGUACCUAUACUUUUUUUAAAACAGUUCCCGGCUGCCGGCUAUCUAGACACAUGCACAGCUAGAACACCUGAAAAGUCACAUGAUUGAUGACUAGUCAGCGGUGAGGAUCGAGGAUUGGGGACCGGGGAUCGAGGAUCAGGGAUUGGUAAAAUAAAGUAAUUACAAAUAACAUAAGCAAAGAAUUGCAGAAAUAAAUAUGUAAACUAGUAAUAACCAUAGGUUAGGGAGUGCGGGCAACAUUUAAGUGCUUCUGCUCCAUCGCUGUGCUUUGCGUAAGUUUCAAGCUACACAUAGUCAAAGUACGUGUGAUCAGAUUACGAAGAUACGGAUCGAAGGAGCGUAGCCUCCAUAUAUACGUACAUUUACGCUCAAGUGUACAUGUGCAGCUGAAAUAUAAAAAAAAUUAUAUACUUUUGAUUUCCUGAAAAAGCCUUUUUUCAUCAUUAAAUCGGGAUGACUGAUACAUUUUUUGCACUCGGUGUCUUUGUGUUAGUAUUUCUUUUACCUUUUACUGUUAUUCCAUAAUUCUGAUGGCGUCACUGGCCUUUUUUCGCCGUAAACAGUGUACCUUACUGACAACACUAGAGAUGGGUAAAAUAAACAACUAACUACUACAUUUUCGGGCAUAUUAAUCACCUGAAAAUGUCCAGUGGAAAAUGCUGUAGCCUGCGUAGCAAGCAUUUCUGUUUGGUUACAGAGCAAAGAAAGACCAAGGAAGGGUAAAAAAGGAAUGAAGGACACUCAACUUGGGUCACACUGCUCUGAUACACUGUAUCUGUCUCUCUCUCUCUUCCAAUGUUGUUUUGUAAUGGCUUUUUGGUGGACUUGUCCAAGUUCAAGGCCAACAUUGAAAGGAGCAGGGAAAAGGAGGUCGAGCGCAACAUGUCAAAAUUAUUCCUUCAAUUGACCCAAGUUUUAAUGUCACAGAUUGCAGCUCUUAGAAUAUCCAGGUGAACUUUUUGAUAGGCUUACAGGGACGUUUCUUCUAAUGCCAACAAAUGUUCUUUUUUUUGUUGUUUUUUUUGUUUUUUCUAGGUAUUUUGUUCUUACCAGUAAACACCAUGAAGGUUGGACAAACUGGAGAUCCAAUGUGACUUGGAAUUGGAACUCUGUGGAUAAUGGACCUCACAGAGAUCUUGUUGGUAUGAAACACAUUACCAGUACAUUCUGUUUACUGUGA